ACACUCAUUCAAUUUCAUUUACCGGAAUUCAGCCAUUGUAGCUCAUUUGUAGCUCAAAUUUCUCUCAUGAUAUUUUCUACUGUCAAUUUAUGACAUGCUUCACGAUGACAGCUAAAAAAGGAUCCAAAAUGACAACCGCCGAAAAUAAACAAAUUUUAAGCAUGGAAGAAGAAUCUUCUCUAGAAAUUCCAAAGCAAGAAGAUGAAAUUCCUUCACAUAUUUCUGAUGCCAUCAAAGUAGAAGACAAUACCACCACUGAAGACCCUCCAACCUUAUCUAAACGACAAUUAAAAAAACUCAAAAAGAAAGCCCAAUGGGAAGAAAAGAAAAAAGAAAAACGCCAAAAAGAACGUGAAAAAUGUAAACUAAAAAGACUUACUGCUAAAAUCGAAGGGACACCACUCGGUCCCAGUCGAAAAGAACUUAAAAGAAACAAAGCCAACAAAAGUCCUAGUGACCUUAAAGUUGCAAUAGAUUUGGAUUAUGAUGAUUUAAUGAUUGACAAAGAUGUUGCCAAAUGCGUUAAGCAAUUACUCCGAAUUUAUACUGUCAAUCGAAGAUCACGAAUGCCAGCAAAUCUUCAUUUUACUGGCAUUAAAUUAGAUGGUAGAAUUCAUGAGGUUCUGAAAAAGAACGAUGGCUAUGAACAUUGGGAUGUUCAAUGGGUUUAUCAAUCUUAUUCGGAGAAUUUCACCAACGAUGAAAUUGUUUAUUUAACAAGUGACUCGGAUGAAAUUCUAAAAGAGAUUGAUCCUACUAAAAUUUACAUAAUUGGUGGGUUAGUUGAUCAUAAUCAUCAUAAAGGACUUUGUUAUGAUCGAGCGAAAAAGUUGUCACUUAAAACUGCACGAUUGCCAUUGACUGAACAUGUUGAUAUGAAGACGAGAACGGUUUUGAGUACUUAUCAUGUUUUUGAAAUAUUGUUAAGACUUUCUGAGGGCAAAUCUUGGGCUGAGGCAAUUUUGGAAACAAUUCCAGUACGAAAAGGUGCUAAGUUGAAGGAAUCUAAGGAAACUGGUGUGCCUGCAAUGUCUAAUGGAGAUAUUGACAUUAAGGAAGAAUCGUUACAAAAUGAUGUAUCAAAUUCGACGCCAAUUGAGGAUCUAAUUCCUCAGGAUAUUACAGAAUAAAACAAUUUUGUUUUUGUUAUCUAA